AUGAACUCAACUGAAGCCACCGCUCCUUCCACCUCAAUCAACAUUGCUGAUGGAAAAACUGAUACAAGAACCAAAGAGACUGUUCCACCAUACAGAUUUCUCUUAACAAAGCUGAGGAGAGACAUGAAGACGCCUGGAGGAUGGAAGAGAGGCUUGGCCGUCUUCGACUUCUUCCUGAGGCUGCUUGCAAUCUCAGCUUUUGUUGCAGCGGCAGUCUCUAUGGGAACUGAUAAUGAGAUGCUUCCGUUCUUCACUAAGGACUAUCAGUUCUAUGCCAACUUUGCUGAUUUUCCUUCUUUGACGUUUUUCGUGGUUGCUGAUGGUAUUGCUGCAGGAUAUCUUGUUUUCUCUAUUCCUUUCUCCAUUAUUUGCAUCAUCAAGCCAUUGUUCAGUUGUCCAAGGCUCUUCCUCCUCACAUUUGAUGUUCUAGCUGUAGCUUUAACAAUGGCUGGAGCUUCAGCUGCUUCAGCUAUUGUCUACUUGGCGCAUACUGGGAAUUCAAAGGCCAACUGGAUUGCUUUCUGUAUAAGGUUUCAGGACUUCUGCCAGCAAUCCAGUGGAGCAGUAAUAGCUUCCUUUGUUGGUACAGUGAUACUAAUACUGAUGGUUGCCCUAUCUGCUCUUGCUCUGCGAAGGCAUUAG